AUGUCUGAACUUAUUACAACAUAUUUGAACCAAAGCGGAAAAAAAUCUUUCUACUACUUUUUGCGUCAUUAUCGGGAUGAAAUUAUUGUCAUGAUUCCGGUUACUUCCCGUUGGAAGGAUCUCGAUAACGCCUGGUCAAAUAAGUUCAUCAUAACAGGUGCGGGAAAACUUGGUGAAGAUUUAAAACGGGUACGCUAUGCGAAAAAUUUUGAGGAAUAUUGGACUGAUGCAAUUAACGAAUGUAAAAUAAAAGAAGAUAUUUUGGUCUACGAAGCAGAAGAAGCUCGCAUUCAGGAUGAACUAUCGCGUCUUCGGCACAAACUAUCUGAAAUACAAGAAAAAGUAAAAAUGCAAAAUUCAAGUAACCGGGAAAUGGAUGAAGAUUCGGCACUAGAAAGGAAAAAUAAAAUGGAUACCGCUAACCUUACAGUUGAGAAUAUCAAACUUAAACCAGGUCUGUGA